GGUUUUGUACCCAAUAAAAUUUCUUUCGUCCCUUCUUCUCGUCGUCGCUCCUCUUUUUUCUUUCUCUCCCGUACUAGUAAACCCUAACACUAGGACCUCGACCUCCCUCCGCCCUCCCCCUCUUCCCGAAAGCUCGGAUUUUGGGAGAUAGGCGAGCUAUCUGACACUCUAACCCUAAUCCUCCCCCGGCGGUCCUAGCCAUGGCCGGGCAGUCCGUGAACAACCUCUACGAGACGGCGUCCCAGCCCGACACCAGCGGAGACGCCUACACCUUCCUCGAGUUCAACACCCAGGACGACUUCGACGACUACCCCGAGUUCCAGGAACUCUCCCAGCCCUCCCGAUCGACCGCUUGGCCCCCUCCCUCUCUGCCACCAGAGCCCGUUCCGGACACCCCGGCCGCCGAUCUGCAGGCACCGAACUCCGCUUCCCCUUCCCCCGCGCGCUCCCCCUCCGCCUCCUCGUCCUCCAAGGUCAGGGGUGCUUCUGGCGGUCAGGCAGCCAGCGCUGGCGCAGUUGAUGCCCUCGCGGCCGGCAUGAGCGGGCUUAACUUCGAGGAGACUGGCGAUGAAAAUUAUGAAUUUGGCAAGGGGGAUUUCACGGAACACGCUUGCCGGUAUUGUGGGCUGCAGAACCCGGCCUGUGUUGUGAGGUGCAACAUUCCUACGUGCAGGAAGUGGUUCUGUAACUCGAGGGGGAACACCUCGGGCUCCCAUAUCGUCAAUCAUCUGGUUCGAGCAAAGCACAAAGAAGUUUGUCUCCACAAAGACAGCCCAUUAGGAGAAACAAUUCUUGAAUGCUAUAAUUGUGGUUGUCGGAAUGUUUUUCUCCUUGGAUUUAUUUCUGCUAAAACAGAAAGUGUUGUUGUUCUCUUGUGUAGAGAACCAUGUUUAAAUGUCAAUGCACUAAAGGACAUGAAUUGGGAUCUAAGUCAGUGGUGUCCACUCAUUGAUGACAGGUGUUUCCUACCGUGGCUUGUUAAGGUUCCUUCAGAACAGGAACAAUUGAGAGCACGCCAAAUUAGUGCUCAGCAAAUCAACAAACUGGAAGAGCUUUGGAAGACAAACCCUGAUGCUUCUAUGGAAGAUCUUGAGAAGCCUGGAGUGGAUGAUGAACCUCAGCCUGUUUCUUUGAAGUAUGAAGAUGCAUACCAGUACCAAAAUGUAUUUGCUCCACUUAUUAAGCUUGAAGCUGACUAUGAUAAGUUGAUGAAAGAAUCACAAAGUAAAGACAAUGUCAGUGUACGCUGGGAUAUCGGUCUUAACAAAAAGCGCAUAGCCUAUUUUGUCUUUCCCAAGGAAGAUAAUGAACUAAGGCUUGUUCCUGGAGAUGAGUUGCGGCUGCGAUAUUCUGGUGACACAGGUCAUCCUGCAUGGCAAUCUGUUGGACACGUGAUUAAACUAACUGCACAAGAGGAGGUUGCACUUGAACUUCGUGCAAGCCAGGGAGUCCCUGUAGAUGUGAAUCAUGGCUUUAGUGUGGAUUUUGUCUGGAAAAGUACUAGCUUUGACAGAAUGCAGGGAGCUAUGAAGACUUUUGCUGUGGACGAAACAAGCGUCAGUGGUUACCUAUAUCAUCACCUUUUGGGUCAUGAAGUUGAACACCAAGUAGUCCGUAAUGUAUUACCUCGACGGUUUGGCGCCCCUGGUCUUCCAGAGCUAAAUGCAUCCCAAGUUUUUGCUGUUAAGAGUGUCCUCCAGAAACCAAUAAGUUUAAUUCAGGGCCCACCUGGUACGGGGAAGACUGUCACAUCUGCAGCAAUUGUAUAUCACAUGGCUAAACAGGGCCAAGGGCAGGUUCUAGUAUGUGCUCCAAGCAAUGUUGCUGUUGACCAACUUGCUGAUAAGAUAAGCUCAACUGGGUUGAAGGUUGUCAGGCUUUGUGCUAAAUCAAGAGAAGCUGUCAUGUCUCCUGUUGAGCAUCUAACACUUCACUAUCAGGUCCGCCAUCUUGAUACAUCUGAAAAGAGUGAACUUCAUAAGCUGCAGCAGUUAAAAGAUGAACAAGGUGAAUUGUCAAGCAGUGAUGAAAAGAAGUUCAAAGCACUAAAACGGGCUACUGAAAGGGAGAUAUUGCAGAGUGCUGAUGUAAUUUGUUGCACAUGUGUUGGUGCAGGAGACCCCCGGCUUGAAAAUUUCCGAUUCCGCCAGGUUCUUGUUGAUGAGUCUACACAGGCAACAGAGCCUGAGUGUCUUAUUCCAUUAGUUUUAGGUGUCAAACAGGUUGUUCUUGUUGGAGAUCAUUGUCAGCUUGGUCCAGUCAUAAUGUGUAAAAAGGCUGCUCGUGCUGGAUUAGCGCAGUCUCUCUUUGAGCGCCUUGUUCUUCUUGGUCAUAAAACUUUUAGAUUGCAGGUCCAGUACAGAAUGCAUCCUUGCUUAUCUGAAUUUCCUUCUAAUAGCUUCUAUGAGGGCACUCUUCAGAAUGGAGUGACAGUUAAUGAGAGGCAAUCAUCUGGCAUUGAUUUUCCUUGGCCGGUUCCAAACCGUCCUAUGUUUUUCUAUGUGCAGAUGGGCCAAGAAGAAAUUAGUGCAAGUGGGACCUCUUAUCUCAAUAGAACUGAGGCUGCAAAUGUUGAAAAAAUUGUUACUACUUUUUUAAGAAGUGGUGUCAUACCUAGUCAGAUAGGAGUUAUUACACCAUAUGAGGGGCAAAGGGCGUACAUUGUGAGUUAUAUGUCGAGGAAUGGUGCUCUUAGACAGCAGCUUUACAAGGAAAUUGAGGUUGCUAGUGUUGACUCCUUUCAGGGUAGAGAGAAAGAUUACAUUAUUCUGUCUUGCGUGAGAAGUAAUGAACAUCAGGGUAUUGGAUUUCUUAAUGAUCCACGUAGAUUGAAUGUUGCACUAACUCGAGCUCGUUAUGGAAUUGUUAUCCUUGGGAAUCCCAAGGUUCUAAGCAAACAGCCUCUUUGGAAUAGUUUGUUGACACAUUACAAGGAGCAUGAGUGUCUUGUAGAAGGACCACUUAACAAUUUGAAGCAAAGCAUGGUACAGUUUCAGAAGCCAAAAAAGAUUUACAACAGCAGACUUUUCUAUGGGGGUGGUCCAGCGAUGGUUCAGACUGAUAACUAUGGUCCUGUCAGUUCCUCAAGCCCGCUUGCUGAGAAGAGAGGUGGGCGCAUUAAAGGUCAUUCUUAUGUCCCAUUUGGCCCUUCAAAUGGCACGCAAAAACCUGGUAUGCAUCCACCGGGAUAUCCUUUGCCCUGUGUCCCUCUUCCGCCAUUUGCUGGAGGUCCUCAUUCUCAGCCAUAUGCAAUUCCAACUCGUGGUGCAGUUCAUGGACCUUUAGGGGCUGUUCCACAGGUCCCACAGCCUGGUAAUAGGGGUUUUGGGGCCGGUCGUGGUAAUGCUGGUGGUCCUAUUGGUGGUCACCUGGCUCAUCAGCAAAAUUCCCAGCAAACUUUGGGUAUUGGGUCUGCUUUCAACUUUCCUCCCUUUGAUGAUUCAAAUAGUCAACCAUCUGUUGGUGCUCCAUCAUCUCAGACUGGAUUAAUGACUCAGAUGCCAGUUCAAGGUCUCGGUCAAGCAUUUCGUGAUGGACUUUCUGUUGGUGGCAUGUCACAGGACUUUAUUGGUGAUGACUUUAAAAGCCAAGGAUCACAUGUUGCAUAUAAUGUUGCUGAUUUUUCUGCACAGGCUUCUCAAAGUGGAUUUGGUGUUGAUUAUGUCUCCCAAGGUCCUCAUGCUGGUUUCCCAGGGAGUUAUUUAAAUCAGAGUACCCAGCCAGGAUAUUCCCAUUUGGGCACUGGAAACGAUUUUUUGUUUCAGCAGGAAUACAUGCCGCAUGGAUCACAAGGUUUAUUCACACAAGCAGGAUUCAAUGAUCCAUCACAAGAUGAAUCUUCUCAGAGCCACUUUGGCAUGGGUGGGCCCAGUUCUCUUCAGUCACAGGCAUUGCUAAACCCUCUGUAUUCACAACCCUUUGCUCAUUAUAAUGCUCAGCCUCAAAAUCUGCAGUCUCCACCACAGCAAAAUCAGGGCUCACCCAAUCAGAAACUUCACUACAAUGGCUGAGCUGCACUGGAUUUAGGAGUGAUGGGUUACAUCCUUUGCACCCAUCUUCAGUGGUUGUGCCGAGUCAUGUCUUCGUACAUUGACAGAUAACAGCUCAACCUUCUUUUUUUGGCUUCUCGCAGUCGCAUAUGGUGCACUAGUUUUAAGAUAGGAGUGGUGCAUAUGGAGAUUCGAGAUAGCAAUGGUGCUGAUUGUGCCUGAGGAGAGGAUUUAGCCCAUACUUCCAACUACAUUUAUUUUUUUUCGGAAGGAGUUGACCAUUGGGAGAAAGCAUCUUUUGCUUAUAUGAGGGCUCACAGCAAUUGGUGCCUGCAUAUUGUGAAGAAAGCCAUUCUGAGGGUAAGUGAGACAUUGCGCAUACAUGUUCAUAACCAACGCUAAAGGCUCCAUUUUGAAGAAGUGGAGUUUUCCUCCACCCGGAUGGUAUGACGAGCAAGUGUUGCAUUAUGUACAGCAGUGUUCAAAGAUGACUGGCCCGUGCUUGCCAUUUGCAUGCUCAGAUACGGAUCAAACUCACGCCUUGUCCUUUGUUGGAAUUUAAUUAUGAAAUUAGUGCAUAGUGUCAUUGUUACAAGGCUCUGUUACUAAGAAAAACUGCUUUACUCGAAGUGUGAGUUUGGAGUUUGCUUGAUUUAUAUGAUUUUGAUUUUUAUUCUUGUGGUAAA